AGAACCAAACCAACGGUAACCACAUAAAAUAUACUACGAUUCCACUGUCUUUUAGCGCCAAAAAACAGUUGAAACAGCAGCAGAAUCACCAUUCUCAAGAAAAAAAAAUCCAAGAAUGUACUCCAUAGCUGCAAGCUCUUUCCUCAUCCAUAAACCACUUAAGAAUUUCCCUUUUCACAAUCCAAACAGACCCUUAUGUACAGUUAUACGCUCUUCUUCAAGUGCUACUCAAGAAAUUGAGAAAGAGGGGCGGAGUGAAAUUGAGGGUUUACAGGGUUUGGAGUUUCCGCCGAUAAAGGCGGCGAAGAGGGUUGUGCUGGUGAGGCACGGGCAAAGCACGUGGAAUGCAGAAGGUCGGAUCCAAGGCUGCUCCGAUUUCUCUGUUCUUACUUCUAAAGGAGAGUCUCAGGCUGAAACUUCUCGUCAAAUGCUUAUUGAUGACUCCUUUGAUGUCUGCUUUUCAAGUCCACUGCGUCGCUCGAAGAGGACAGCUGAGAUAAUAUGGGGUGCUCGCGAGGAGGAGAUCAUUACUGACUCUGACAUGAGGGAAAUUGACCUUUACUCAUUCCAAGGCCUCCUGAAGCAUGAAGGAAAAGCUAAAUAUGGUGAAGCUUUUCGUCAAUGGCAAAUAGAUGCACCUAAUUUCAUCAUAGAUGGUCACUAUCCAGUGAGAGAGUUGUGGGCUCGUGCUAAAAGAUGCUGGGAGAAGAUCUUGGUCCAUGAAAGCAAAUCCGUCCUAGUAGUUGCUCAUAACGCGGUUAAUCAGGCUCUCAUUGCAACAGCCAUUGGAUUAGGAACUGAGUACUUCAGGAUUCUACUUCAAAGCAAUUGCGGGGUUAGUGUGCUGGACUUCACUCCACAACCUGAGGGCGGAACCCCAAGUAUUUGCCUUAAUCGUUUAAAUCAGACCCCAGGUUCGCCUGUAGCAGGGGGCAGUUCUGCAGGCAGAAAAGCUAGUAAGCGGAUCGUACUUGUCUGCCAUGGAGUGUCAGAGAGUGACCUAGAGAGUAGUAUGCCGUAUUCUGGCAAUGGCCCCAUGAACAUGCUUGGAGUUAUACAGGCGCAGAAAAUAGCAGAGCUGCUUCUUGAUCUGAAAGUGAGUACUAUAGUCAGUGGAACUAAAAGGACAUCUGUAGAGACAGCCGACACAAUCUCCAAAGUUCAAGAAGCUGCUGACUGCCUUGGAGCUGACUGUAUCCCACGCUAUGUGGAGACGAAGCAGAUACCAGAUCUAGAUGUUGAAACUAUUCUAACACAAUCGAAGAAGGAUGCAUCAGGAAUGCAAAAUGUUCCAUCUGGUUGGUUAAAUAGCUUGGAAGACGGCGUGGCAACAUCUUUAUGGGACCAAUCUGGGAAAGCAUGGAAACAUGUAUUGCAUGAACUAUCAGAGAGAUCUGACGAAGAGAGUAUAGUCAUCGCUGUUGGCCAUCCUGCACUUCAUAUCGCAAUGAUGGGACACUGUCUCAAUCUGACAAAGGAAUGGUUGGGAUCGUUUCACCUGGAUGCAGGCAGCAUUAGUGUUAUUGAUUUUCCCGAUGGACCUUCGGGGAGAGGAGUUGUCCGCUGCAUAAAUUAUACAGCGCAUCUAGGAAGAUGGUCAAUUCCUAUUACUAGAUCAACGCAAGCAGAUGAAGAAUAUUGAAGUGUAAAUGUACAUAGUUGUGGAACUAAAACAAUGUUAAUGUAACAAGCACAAGAGUAAGACAGUUCGGAAAUAUAUGUCAGUUGUAUAUUGCUGAUAAAUGAAGGGGACCUUGGAGCGCUGUUCUCGUGUGACCUAUAGGUCAUAGGUUCGAGCCGUGGAACCAGCCACUAAUGUUUGCUGUUGGGAUAGGCUGUCUACGAGUGCAGCACUUUCUUGGACUUUCCGUGAAUGCGGGAUGCUUUGCGUACUAAGCUGCCCUUUUUUGUAUAUUGCUAAUAAAUGGAAACGAGACGUUCAGUUUAUUCAUUUCCAAGGCCAUGUCUUUAUGAGCUUGCCUCUACUGAGAAGUAAUAUAGCAUAUUCAACUUCACAAGCA